GCGCGCUUUUCCAGGCUUUUCUUUCUCCUCCGUGUCUUUCUCCGUGUUGGCGCUUCUGUUCGAACCUGGUCCGACGUUAUUGUGGCACGCUGACUGCCCUUCUCCGACAAGUGCUCAAUGGCGAAAAACACUCUUUUUUCAUACUUCACCAAGGUCCCAAAACACGACAGUGGUACUUCGGCGAAUGCAGAAGGUGAAAGGUCGUCGCUGGGAGCAACUGGGGUGUCCUGUCCUUACCGUCUUCAUGACCUUAUUUGGGCCAAACUGGAAGGCUAUCCCUAUUGGCCGGCCAUUGUAUCAGCACCUCCUGGGGAAGCCUCAUUUCUGAAAGAACACAGUGCACAACAAUCGGUGCACGUUAAUUUCUUUGACUCAUGCCCAUCUCGAGCAUGGGUCAAGGUAAGGCUAACCAAGCCGUUCAAAGGUGCGGCUGACCCACCUGCCCGUUCUACUGAUGCACGUUGGAUCCAUGCUGUGGCCGAGGCUGAGAAGGCACUCUCGCUGGAUCCCUCUGACCGUGCCGGCCUUCUUCCUGCAACAAAUGGCUCAGCUGCCCACAACAGCAGUGAUGAAGAGGAUCAGCAGCCAUCACCCAAGAAGCGAUGUAUUAUCUCGGACAGCAGCUCGGAGGAAGAGUUUCAUCCAGGCCAAGAUGACUUUGAAAGUGAUUCUGACUCAAUUAGCAGUGGUUUGGAUGAGGACACAAUUUCAGACCCGGCACCCGAGUCACCAGAACAAAGCCCCCCUCGCAAGCGGCCUGCCUCGAAGUUGCCUGCAGUCACCCCUAAGGUGAAGAAACCUUCUAUUGUGGCCGCUGUGACUAGUGGGACAUGGGCACAUCUCUCUUACGACUUCCUCAAAGAGGGCAAGCGCAGGGAUGCUGCUGGGCGCUUGGCCAGCCACCCGGAGUUCAAUCCACGCACACUGCUCAUCCCAGACAGUUUCAAGGCCAAGCUGACACCAGCCAUGCGUCAGUGGUGGGACAUGAAGGCAGAGCAUUUGGAUGUGGUUCUCUUCUUCAAGGUGGGCAAGUUCUACGAGCUGUACCACAUGGAUGCGGUGAUUGGAGUGGAACAGCUUGGUCUCGUCUUCAUGAAGGGUGAUUUUGCCCACUCUGGUUUUCCGGAAAUUGCUUACGGCCGCUACUCCGAGGCCCUUAUCCAGAAGGGUUACAAGGUGGCACGAGUGGAGCAGACUGAGACCCCCCAGAUGAUGGAGGAACGAUGCCGCAAAAUGCACCGUCCAAGCAAGUUUGAUCGGGUGGUCCGGCGAGAGAUAUGUCGGAUCACAUGUCUGGCAACACGAACCUUUGGACCACAGGAUGGGCAGCUGUGCAAUCCUGAGCUAUCUUACCUCUUUGCCAUUGUGCAUGGCCAGGAAUCGGCUAACACGGACUUUGGCAUCUGCUUUGUUGACACCUCCGUGGGCAAGUUUCAUCUUGGCCAGUUCAGCGAUGACUCCUUCUGCUCCAAGCUGCGCACAGCUGUGUCCCAUCAUCCACCUGCUCAGGUGCUCUAUCAGAGUGACCCCGCGCUGCCUGCUGGACUUCGUCAAGUGUUUGAGGGGCCUCUUCACUCGGUUCCUCAGCAAGCGCUCCGGCCAGGAAAGGAACUCUGGGAUGUGCCACACACUCUGCGGCGUUUGCGAGAGGGUGCCUAUUUUGGUGACAAAUACCCUGCUGUCUUGCAGUCAUUUUUAGAUCCAGCUGACUCCACGAACUUGACUCCCCAGGAGAAUGGCUGUCUUGCUCUAAAAGCCUUGGGUGCCUGUGUUUGGUACCUGUCCAAGUCUCUAAUUGAAGAAGAGGUUCUGACUAUGUGCCGCUUCGAGAAGUAUGUACCACCUCAGAGCAGUGAUACCAGGCAGGACCUGAACAACCUGAUCCUCGAUGGUGUGUGCCUGCAAAAUCUGGAGGUGGUGCGAAAUUCAUCUCGUGGCACGGAGGGAACACUGCUGGCAACGAUGGACUUCUGCUGCACCCCAUUUGGCAAACGGCUUUUCCAGCAGUGGUUGUGCUCCCCUCCAAGGCGUGUGGAUGUAAUUGAGGACCGGCAACGUGCAGUUGAUGACCUGCUGCGGUUCCCUCAUGAGGUUCAGAAGACACGUGAGCUGCUGUGCUCAUUACCCGACCUUGAGAGGCUGCUUGCCAGGAUUCACAGCCAGAGCCUUGCACGAAACAGUUCUUCCCACCCAGACCAGCGUGCAAUCCUGUACGAGGAUACAGCCUACAACAAGCGCAAGAUCGCCAAUCUCCUUCAGGCCCUUGGAGGAUUCCAAAAGGCUGCACAAGUGGCCCCCCUCUGGGCAGACGCACUGUCGUCACUGACAUCGCAUACGCUGGCCAAAUGUCUUUCAGUGGGCCCCGAGGCUGGCCAAUUUCCAGACUUGGCUGAUGCGCUCGAGUUUUUUGAGAAGGCUUUCGACCAUGAGCAAGCUCGGAAGGAGGGGCGAGUGACGCCCAUGUCUGGUGUAGAUGACGAGUAUGAUGAGGCCAUGCAAAGCGUCAAGGAAGCGAACAAGGCCCUGCAGGAAUACCUGGCCCAGCAGAGCCAGCGCUUCCGCUGUAAGGCAGCUUUCGUGGGAUCAGGCAAAAACCGCUUUCAGAUCGAAGUGCCGGAGUCAUGUGCCCGGUUUGUAGACUCCUCGUAUCAGCUGCAGGGCCAGCGCAAGGGCUACAGGCGCUACUACACUGAGGACGUGAAGCGACUUGCAGCAGAGCUGGUUUCCGCCGAAGAGGCCCAGGAAACGGCCCUCAAGGACAUCAUGCGUCGCAUCUUCGAACACUUUGACUGCAGGCGAAGCCAGUGGGAGGCCGCCAUUCACUGUGUGGCCCUGCUGGAUGGCCUGCUGUCGCUGGCUAGCUAUAGCGGCUCACUCACCGAUGCCGCCUGCACACCACGUUUUCUGUCGCACCAGUCCCAGCCGUGCCUGGUGGUCAAAUCCGGGCGCCAUCCUUGCCUGCUUGAGCACCUCGGUGCUAGCAGCCUCAUCCCAAAUGAUCUGUCUCUCGGAGGAGCCAAGGAUCCUGUGCUGACCCUUCUAACUGGACCCAACAUGGGUGGUAAAUCCACUCUCAUGCGCCAAGCUGGUCUGCUUGUAAUUAUUGCCCACAUGGGAGCUCGUGUGCCAGCAGAUGCCUGUGAAUUGACCCUCGUCGACCGCAUCUUCACUCGGUUGGGAGCUAGUGACCGAAUCACUUCUGGUGAGAGCACCUUCUUUGUCGAAGUGAACGAGACUUCAGCAAUCUUGCAGCAUGCCACCCAACACUCCUUGGUGUUGCUUGAUGAGCUUGGCCGGGGUACGUCGACGCACGAUGGCAUGGCCCUGGCGCAUGCAGUGGUCCAGGAGCUAGCAUCGACCAUCCGCUGUUGCACGUUGUUCUCGACCCAUUACCAUCACCUCGUGCAGAACUUCCGGCUCCACCCGGCAGUGCAGCUGGCACACAUGGCUUGUAUGGUGGAAGAUGAAAAUGCAGUAGACCCGACUCAGGAGACCAUUGUAUUCCUGUACAAGUGUGUGCCAGGCCCCUGCCCCAAGAGCUAUGGCUUCAAUGCUGCCAAGUUGGCAGGUGUCCCACAGCAGGUGAUCAGGACAGCCUACGAGAAAUCUAGCCGGCUUGAAAAAUGCAUCCAGGUGGCUUGCGCUUGCUGAGACGUCACCACAAUUUCUAUUCAUCUUGCAAUAAAGUGACCUGAGAAUUCAA